AUCUUGGAUCAACUCAAUACGACACUCGGAACCUCACACACCCUGGACACUCCAUCCCUCUCCUCCCUUCUUGAAGAGUGCAUCGCAAAGAGUUGGGACUUUGGCAUGGCAUAUGGCUGCCUCCGCCCGAUAUGGUAUACCCGAGACUGGAGCACUAUACGAAACACACUGCGCAAAUGGGAAGAGAAGGACAGGGAGAUGCGACGAAAAGCACUCGUUGGUAACCGGAUCGUCAAACCACAUUUGCCACCUCGACAUGUGUGGGAUCUGUACAGUAAUCGGGUGGUGCCAUGGUGGUGCACAGGCAUAACCGAGAAGAUGAUAUGGAGGGUUCGGCCUAUAUCGCAUGCGUGGAUGGACGAGAAGGAUCGUGUCGAUGUGCGGACACCCAUCAAUGGAUAUGAAUGGCCCGUUCCCGUGCCGAAAGACACCAGCCUCAACCUUGUCCGCAUUGAGAUGCUCAAUAUCAAUCUUGAAGCGGAGUAUGCAUGGUUGGAUGUUCUCUGUUUGAGACAGGUGGGUGGACCGGAUGAGGAUAUGCGUACAGAAGAGUGGAAGCUGGAUGUGCCCACCAUCGGAGCAUUGUAUGACAGGAGUGAUGUGGUGAUUUACUUGAGUGGGCUGGGUCGGCCUUUGGGCUUGAAGGAGGGUGACUUGGAUAGUGAUCGGUGCUGGUUUAGACGUGCUUGGACGCUACAGGAGGUUGGGAAAAAGAGGCUGAUUGCUGGGGACACGCCAGAUGGACCACUGCAUGCCAAGCGUAAGGACAGGAAGUAUGGGACUCCACUACUGACCAGGUUUCACAGGCAGCUGCAAUCUACACGGAAAAUUUCGCAUGGAGUAUUUCCAGCACUGAAGGAGAUGCAGACGCGGGUGUCGACUAACCCGGUGGACAAAGUCGCAGGACUGGCAUUUGUUCUGUUCUCCUCUUCGAUACCAGCAUACUAUGCGAAUGAGUCUGUCGAGGACGCAUGGACAGCACUCGUCAAUUCGAUGCGUGCGUGGGUUCGGGGGAGGUUGUUCUUCUCGUAUCCUGAACGGGGCAAUGCAGGCAGAAAAUGGAGACCAUCGUGGGACCAGCUUAUGACGAAGCCUCUGCCCGACGCAAAUGGAUACACCCGCAUUGUCAUUCGUCGGAAUGAGGAGAUGGAUGAAGACUCGUGCAAUGUAAAGUGCAUUGAAAAGGGGUUGGUGCGGGGGUUGGCUGUUGUGGAAGGGAGUGAUCGACGCGGGGAGUUGAUUGUUCAAGACGCGGGUGGGACAGAACAUGCAUUCAACAUCACAGCCACCCACAAGUACCCGAUACCUGACAACACAUACACACUGAUUUGCGCUCAUAGAUGGAAGUCCCCAUAUUGCGUUGUUGGCCAAAGACUGCCAGGAAGAAGGUUUGAGAAAGUGUCGGUGUUACAAAUUUCCGAUGAACAAGAAUGGAGGCAGUUCCACAAUCUUACUAAACAGUGUCGAUAUAUUCUUGUUUAAGUACAUAUUGUAGUAGCUCUUCUUAAACCGAGUCGUUAUCAUACCUACCUGAGAGGGUGCAAAGGACUGCUCUUAUGAAGGGUACACGCAGUCACUGCUAGGUAUAAAGGCUUGUUGAUUGCGAAAGCCUUUCUCAGGUGCAGCCUCGCCGCAUUGCCAUUGCCAUCGUCCGACUCAUAUCAGAUUUCAAACUCUUGUCCUCCUCUUCCUCUUCACCAAAAACCUCGCAACACCGACCUGUCAUAUCCUUCCACUCCAUAUUGGGAUCCGCCGUAGCCUCGUCUUCAGGCCAUAGUCGGUACUCUUCUUCGACGGACUGGCGAGUCCAGAGAACCGCUCGCUCGUUAUAG